AUGCUUGUACUUACAGCGCACGAUGCCCACUGCUGGUCCCGCCCCAAGCCCCAACCGAUCGACCUCACCACAUCCGCGACGAUUUUCGAUGCCGUUUCCACGUACGCAGCGUACUCGGUGCCCGCUCCCCGGUUGAGCGCAACCAUGUCGGAGGAGCUGCUGGACGAAGUGGAGGCCAUCAACUCCAUCUACGGCGACGAAUCACUUGUGCUGGCCGACGAGGAGGGCGGAUCGGGGACGGCGACAUCGUCGUCGACAUCGUCGAGGUACAUCCUGAGCUUGCCGGCCGGUGCGUCGUCGCUGCGUCUCGAGUUCCCAGCCUCGUACCCGUUGGAGCCGCCCUCGGUACUUGGAACGCAGCAUUCGUCAGGGGGGGUUCGGGGCGCCGGCGCGCGGGACAAGGCGUUGUUUGCCGAGGUUUUGCGGGAAGUCUUUGACGUCGGCGCUGUCUGUCUCUUCGAUGCUGUCGAGGAGUUUGGUCGGCGAGUGCAGGAUCACGACGACGACAAUGGCGAUGAUGACGGUAUUCAAAAGGACGAGGACGACGAGGACGAGCAGGCGAAGCAGCAGCAGCAGCAGCAGGACGACGCUGGAGCAGGCAAUGUCAAGUCGACGGCGACGCCCACGUGGAGCGUAUCAACACCCUUCAUCGAGAACCGGUCGACGUUUAUAGCCCAUGCCACUGGCGGCGUGACAUCGGUCUCGCAGGCGCGCGCAUUUGUCGCCCAUCUCCUCGCGUCCGACAAACGGAUCCGCAGCGCGACGCACAACAUGACGGCAUGGCGCAUUCGCGGGUCGGUCGCCGGUACCUCCUACCAAGACUGCGACGAUGACGGCGAGACGGCGGCCGGUAGUCGACUCCUCCAUCUCCUCCAGCUCAUGGGUCUUUGGGACGUACUCGUCGUCGUCACUCGCUGGUACGGCGGCGUGAAGCUCGGCCCGAGACGGUUCGCCAUCAUCAACGCUGCAGCGAGGGAUGCCCUUGUCAGGGCUGGCCUGGUGGGAGGCGGAGACAACAACAGUAAAGGCGACGAGAAGGAUAAAGAGAAGGAAAAGGAAAAGAACAAGGGUCGGUGA